CACGGGCGGGCGGAGCGGGCUGUUCCCGGAGAGAGCAGGCAGCGGGUCGGGUGCUUUAGCUGCAGUCUGCUCCACUGGGGUUUGCAGAGACUCUCCCCUUCCCCAGGCUGCGCCACAAGGAUCGGCGUGAUCUCGUCCCCUUUUUAUACAGAGACCGUUUUUUUUUCCCCCCACUUAAUUUUUUGGGGUGCGCUCUCGCCCAGCGCCGCGGGCGCCCGCUGCCCUGAGCGCUGCCGUGCCGGGAGGCGCGGGGGGCCGGGGCCGCGAUGCGCAGCGAUGGGCCCUGUGGCUGCCCCCGCAUGGGCGCGUAGUGCCCGCUCGGCGCUGAGUGCCCGGGUGCCGCGGAGCGGGGCGGGGAGGCGCGUGUAGGAGAGAGGUUGGAUUUUAUCCUUUUUCCCGUUGUAGACGUGCAGGCAGACAGGGGUACAGGUGUGUUGGGGUGUUUUGGUUUUUUCCCCCUCAUUGCCUAUAUCGGCUUGUUUACCCCCCCAUUUUUUAUUUUUUUGUUGUUGUUUUGUUUUGGGUGAGGUGGGAGCCCGGGGUGUCUGAUUUUCCUCCAGCUGAGCAGUGCAGUUGCAGCGGUAGCGGUGAAAUCCUGCUCCUCCAGUGAGCUCGAGCCAGGAAAAUGGAGGCUGUGAUAGAGAAGGAAUGUAGUGCGCUCGGAGGGCUCUUCCAGACCAUCAUAAGCGACAUGAAGGGAAGUUACCCAGUGUGGGAAGAUUUUAUAAAUAAAGCUGGGAAACUGCAGUCUCAGCUUCGGACUACAGUAGUAGCAGCUGCUGCCUUUUUGGAUGCCUUUCAGAAAGUGGCUGACAUGGCUACUAAUACACGUGGUGGUACCAGAGAGAUUGGGUCUGCUCUCACCAGGAUGUGUAUGAGGCACAGAAGUAUAGAGUCCAAACUCCGGCAGUUCUCAAGUGCUUUAAUUGACUGUCUGAUAAACCCACUUCAAGAACAGAUGGAAGAGUGGAAGAAAGUGGCCAAUCAGCUGGAUAAAGACCAUGCAAAAGAAUACAAAAAAGCCCGCCAAGAGAUAAAAAAGAAAUCAUCUGACACACUGAAGCUACAGAAGAAAGCAAAGAAAGCUGAGGCUCUGGGACGGGGUGACAUUCAGCCCCAGUUGGAUAGUGCUUUACAAGAUGUCAAUGAUAAGUACCUGCUGCUUGAAGAAACUGAGAAGCAAGCUGUCAGAAAGGCUCUGAUCGAGGAGCGCGGACGAUUCUGUGCUUUCAUUUCGAUGCUGCGCCCUGUGAUAGAAGAAGAAAUAUCAAUGCUAGGAGAAAUAACCCAUUUACAAACCAUAUCAGAUGACCUGAAAAGUCUUACCAUGGAUCCACACAAAUUGCCAUCCUCAAGUGAACAGGUAAUUUUAGAUUUGAAAGGUUCUGAUUACAGCUGGUCUUACCAGACUCCUCCAUCCUCUCCCAGUACUACCAUGUCCAGAAAAUCUAGUGUUUGCAGUCUGAACAGCGUUAACAGUAGUGAUUCCCGGUCCAGUGGCUCGCACUCGCACUCACCUAGUUCACACUAUCGCUAUCGCAGCUCCAAUCUGCCUCAGCAGGCACCCAUGAGGCUGUCCAGUGUGUCCUCCCAUGAUUCUGGAUUCAUGUCCCAGGAUGCUUUCCAGUCCAAAUCGCCAUCCCCCAUGCCACCAGAAGCACCUAACCAGAAUUCGUCCAGCUCUGCCUCUUCAGAAGCCUCUGAAACCUGCCAGUCAGUGAGCGAGUGCAGUUCCCCCACCUCAGUCAGCUCAGGCUCCACCAUGGGGGCUUGGGCCUCCACAGAUAAGUUGUCUAAUGGGUUUUAUCACUGUAGUUUAUCAAGUGACCCAUCCGUAGCUUCAGUUGGUGCAGGUCCUUUCCCUCAUUUCCCGCCUGUCUCCCGCGCGUGGACUCGGGCUCCCUCAGCCCUCCUUCCAGACUACGUUCAUUAUUACACCAUUGGGCCAGGCAUGUUUCCAUCAUCUAAGAUCCCUAGCUGGAAGGACUGGGCCAAGCCAGGCCCGUACGAUCAGCCGAUGGUGAACACGUUGCAACGUCGCAAAGAGAAGCGCGAACCAGAUCUCAAUGGAGGAGCUCAGAGCGGGGCCCCUGUGACCCCUGAGGAGGCCCAGAGACCUCGGAGCAUGACGGUCUCAGCUGCCACAAGGCAGGGUGAGGAGAUGGAGGCCUGUGAGGAGCUGGCGCUGGCUCUGUCGAGGGGACUGCAGCUGGACACCCAGAGGAGCAGUCGGGAUUCCUUGCAGUGCUCCAGUGGCUACAGCACCCAGACAACAACUCCGUGCUGUUCAGAGGACACGAUCCCAUCUCAAGUUUCAGAUUAUGAUUAUUUCUCUGUGAGUGGUGACCAGGAGGCAGAACAACAAGAGUUUGACAAAUCUUCCACCAUCCCAAGAAACAGUGACAUUAGCCAGUCCUAUCGCAGAAUGUUUCAAACCAAGCGUCCUGCUUCCACCGCAGGUCUGCCAACCACGCUGGGACCGGUCAUCGUCACCCCCGGCGUCGCCACCAUCCGACGGACCCCUUCCACCAAGCCUUCCGUCCGACGCGGCACCAUCGGGGGAGGGCCCAUUCCCAUCAAGACGCCAGUGAUUCCUGUCAAAACGCCAACUGUCCCCGACAUCCCGGGCGGACUGCCUGGCGCCCUCGCUGGGACUGAAGAGUGUCCCGAGCAAAGUCCAGAGUCUCCAGCAGCAGCAGAUGGUGGGCAAGGUGUGACCAGCGUGCCCUCGUGGAGCGGACAAGCGUCUGUCAACCCUCCGUCAUCCAGCCAGAAACUGAGCGUGACCGAGGAGCAGAGGCAGGUGGUUCCUGAGAGCGAGGGGGAGGAAAGCGAGCGGGAUGGGGUUGGCACCCUGGUGCCUGUGGGCCAGGCGGAGCUGGAUCCCGGGGAGCUGAGUCCUGGGGACGCCCCGCAGGGUGAGGAUAUGCUGAACGCCAUCCGGCGCGGUGUCAAACUGAAGAAGACAACCACGAAUGAUCGCUCAGCACCUCGCAUUUCCUAGGAGUGAGGAAGCUGCCAGAGUACCAGACACCGAGAAGGAACUGUGAGGAAACCAAUUUGUCUCUACUCAUUCCAAUCUGUAAUCAGUGAUUUUUUUUUAAGAUACUCGGUAACAGACAGUCUGAAAGUACUCUAAAAGAGAAAACAAAUGAAAGAGCAUAAGGCAUAGUCUUCACUGGUGUUUUAAUUUGUAAAUAUCAAUGAUUUUGUUUUCUUGCAUUUUUUUGAUCUAAGUUACACUUUUAAUUUUUUCUGAAGGUGCCAAAUCCCAUUUACCUUUUUUAUAACUCUCUUUGUAAAGUUUUAAAUCAUAGGAAAAAAAAAAAAUGUCAAGUAGUUAACUUCAGCAAAGGGAUUUAAUGAAAAUUUGGCUUUUUUGCAAGCUUUUGUAGAGCUCCUUGUAAUAGUGAGGUUAAAAAACCAAAACAAUGGGACUUCCUACAGUUUAAGUCAAACUGUAAGGAACAAAUCCUCAUUUAAGUAUUAAAAAAAAAAAAGUUUGACAAGGAAGAAUAAAAAUUGACAAUGAAAGCAAUAUAUAAUGCAAGGAAGAAACCUGCAGUUGGUAGAGUUAUUGGGGGGGUAGUGGGGGGAGGGAAAUGCCAUCAAAAUAGCAGAUGCUGUUGCACAAAAGUAGCCUAGUAGGAUGGAUUACUAGUAGCUUCAUGGUAAAUGCAUCAGAAUAAGCCAUAUUGGAUUGCAGUGUUUUGUUUCUGUAGGGUGUUUUAAGACUGGGUUUUUCCACAUUUCUUUUUUGACUGCACAGCAACAACUCUCAGUCACAUGCAUGCAGCCUUUACUGUGUAGGCUUGGUUCUUCCACCUUCACGUUUCAUUCCGCUCAUCCUUCUGCUGAAUACAAACCAGGACAACAGGCUUAAGGCAGUUACAAAUGUGAAAACAUUUUUAAAAUGCAAGCAGGGAGUUCUUAGAUAUUAUCAAAAUGCCUUUUUCUGACUGUGCCCAGCAGGCUGGGCACUUUGGAAAGCCCAACUAUUUUGAGAAAACACUUAAAAUUGACAGGUGUAACCAGCUUGUGAUCUAAUAAACAGCGAAUGUUUCUUUCCAAUACAGGGGCUUGUUUUUCUUAACUUCUUUUAAAUGGCAGUUGAUUGGCUUUUCUUAAAUACCGAAAAGAAAGGGGUGAGGGGUGGGGGGUGGGGAGAGAUACUGGUUUUUUGAUAAUACUGGGAGUCUGACCACUAUAUUCUCUUUUUUUGUACUUUAAGUCAUGUUUUUUGGAACGCUAUUGAUAGAAUCAUUAAGAGUUGGAUUUUUUCCUUAAAGUAAAAGCAAGUUAUUGCUGCAAUACCCGUCUCCUAAAGCCACCAGAAAUAUGCAGACCCCUUGUCAUGACACGUGUUCCCAUCAGACAAUCCAGAAGGAUGCUGUCUGCCCACCCACAACAGACCCACGUGUGGAUGGACACCAGACUUGCAGAUCCGGGAUUGUUUAAAAAUGCACCAAAUAAUACAAAUAAGGGGCUGGUUUCCACCACAUGCUCUGCAGAUUUCUGUUGGCUCUAGAUUUGCCUACAUGACCCUCUUAUGCUUUACUACAUAAAUGCAUUGGAUGUGAAACUUCUAGUAACUGUGUAGUCGCUGUGUUCUAUAUGACAUUUUACACUGCUGUGCUUGCUAACCUUUUUUUUUGUUAUGGCUUAAAAGCAAAAAGCAAAAAAAAAAGCAUGAUUCUUAGAAAAUAUUAAACCUUCCUUUCUUUGAAAAACAAGCUCCUUAUAACAGAAUAUAAUAAACAGUAGUGCCUGUGGUGUAGCCCACCAAUCUUGAUACAGUAGCUGAUGCAUUGUGCAAAUGAGGCUUUGAGAUGGUUUUUGCAUAAACAAAAACUGCUAGGAGAUAAUCUCAAUAGUUAAAAGUGUUAUUUAAACCUUUGAAAUAAAUGGAUGUAACUGUACCCAAGUACAGCUUUUCACUUGUUUAGUUCUUAAACGUUAGUAUAAUCAGUAAAAUUUAAUAUAAAAUGUUGCCAAAUUCAAUGUAGAAAGAAUGUGACAAAACACUUUGGAUAGUUCUAUUGUUUGUGUUUUUGCAUAUUGUAAAAGCAGUGUCACAGCUAAAAAAUAAAAUGUUUCUAAUGGUAAA